ACUUGUUUUAACACUGCUCUAGGUUUCGGUUUUCAAAUUUAGCAUUGUACUAUGAGUGACCAGGCGGCUGCCCGCAUAUUGUCUUUCAAAAAUGCAGGGAAAAGCGCUGAUGAAAUGCGACGUCGCCGCCAAGAAGGUCAGGUGGAGCUGCGAAAGACUAAACGUGAAGAAACUCUUCAGCGGAAAAGGAACUUCCCAGCAGCUGGUGACCCUGUGGAUACAGAGGUCGAAGCAACAGGAAAGUCACCUCUGUUAAACUUGGAAGCCAUUGUUGCGAAUGCUUCGAGUGAGGAUCCUGCAGUCAGGCUUCUUGUUGUACAAUCUGCCCGCAAGCUUCUUUCAAGUGACCGGAAUCCACCCAUUGACGAGCUGAUCAAUGCUGGCAUGCUCCCUAAAUUGGUGUCAUGUCUAACAAGUGAUGAUCCCAAUCUUCAAUUCGAGGCUGCUUGGGCGUUAACAAAUAUUGCAUCUGGCACAUCUUCACAGACCCUGGCUGUGGUUCAUGCGGGAGCUGUUCCACUCUUCCUCAAGUUGCUGUCUUCUUCACAUCCCAAUGUGUGUGAACAAGCUGUUUGGGCACUGGGAAACAUUAUUGGGGACGGUCCUGUUUUACGCGACUAUGUGAUUCAACUGGAUGUCAUAAAGCCACUACUGAAGCUGUUAACACCAAACAUACCACUUAACUUCUUGCGCAAUGUCACUUGGGUCAUGGUUAACCUGUGUCGUAACAAAGAUCCGCCUCCACCAGCUUCAGCUAUCAGAGAACUUCUUCCGGCCCUUCUAUAUUUGAUCAAGCAUACUGACGACAGUAUACUCGUGGAUACCGUGUGGGCUAUAUCCCAUUUAACUGAUGGAGGGAACGAUCAGAUAGAAAUGGUAAUUAAUGCAGAGAUCGUGCCUCACUUGGUCCCGUUGUUGUCACACUCAAGUUUCAAGGUGCAAACUGCUGCACUGCGUGCUGUUGGCAACAUUGUUACGGGUUCGGACCAGCAAACACAAGUUGUUCUGGAUUGUGGAGCUCUGAGUCAUUUUCCUGCUUUGUUAACCCAUCCAAGAGAUAAAAUAAACAAGGAGGCUGUGUGGUUUCUGUCCAAUAUAACUGCAGGAAACCAAAGUCAAGUGCAAGCUGUAAUUGAUCAUGGUCUAGUUCCACUCAUUAUUCAUCAUCUGUGCGAGAGUGAAUUCCUAACACAGAAGGAAGCUGCAUGGGCCAUUUCUAAUUUGACGAUCAAUGGAAAUGCAGAACAGGUUAGGUACGUCAUCGAUCAACGCGUUAUCCCUCCACUUUGUAAAAUGCUGAGUACGAGAGAUGUACAAGUUGUUCAGGUUGUCUUAGAUGGGAUUUCAAACAUAUUGGCAGCAGCCGGUGACAAUUUGGAUCAAGUUACAACUGCAAUUGAAGAGUGUGGUGGAUUAGAUCUUAUUGAAUCUCUUCAAGAGCAUCAAAAUAUGGAGAUUUACCGCUUGGCAUAUGAUAUAAUUGAACGCUAUUUUAACGAAGGGGUGCGUUUAUUUUUUCGAGUGAAAUAAUGCUGUCAUAACAUAGUACAGUAAAAUUUAUUCAUCUAUUAGGAAUAUCACAUGGGUUGACGCUUAAGACUGUGUUUGUAUAAUUAUUCAAAAGGGAUCUGGAGCAGUGGCGACUAAGGCCUCACUGCGAUUUUCCUCAGAGAAUCAGCUUUCGGAAUGUUUCAAUAUUCACUUUAUGAUUGUCAUCCGCAGCUCUAGGUGACUCAAGUGCACUAGUCUCUGUGAUUGACUAUUCAACGAGUUCUAAAUACAAUUCAUGUGCUGUCUGUUCGUCUCCAGAAAUCAAAAUGCGUAUUUAGCCCUUACAAAAAGUGGUUUAUUAUAUAAGGUUCGAAGAUGCAUUACGCACUUUAAGUCUUUAUUGGUUGUAUGUUCUGUCAAUUUUACGUUUCCAAAUUCAAAAGUGAAACGUCUGUCAGUUAUCAUGAACUGUGUUUGCCAGUAAAGAAAGGUGAGUUUAAGAGUCGUCGGGUAGACGGGGGCAUAAUGGAUUUGCGCUGUAUAAGUACUAGUGUUAUCUAGCGUAUUGUAAGUGCAUGCCGGCUGUCGUGUCAACCAUUGAGGACUUGCUAGGAAGCUGAUGUAAUCAAGUGAAAAUUUUAACUGAUAGACACUGGUUAUUGGAGUGCGUUUUGUGUACAUUUGCUUAGGUGAGUUCCGGUGUGACAGUCAUUUCUUAUCCUGCUAAAGUUUACAUUAAAUCACUUGUGUAACAAUUCUUGGUUACAAGUCAAUUUAUCUUAAGUCCACAUGGAAAGGACAAUACUUACAUUUUAAUAGCUUUUGUCCAAAUGGCUAUAAAGGAG